CGGCCAUGUUGUAAGAUUGUAGCUAUGUACGUUUUCUAGGCUUAAGUAAAAACGUGAAGAUGCGUCCAAGAAUUCAGGCCAAGCUAGUUACAGAGCAUAUGCGAUGUUUGGAAGAACAGAUAGGAGUUAUGGAACCUGUCAUGAAAGCUAUGAAAAGUGCAAUGAAAAAAAGCAAGACCUGGUUAGAAGAUACACAAGACGACAGGUCAUUGACCUAUCUCGAGUUACAACAAGUGUUGGACACAGCCACCCAGGAUUUCUUGGAUUUAUCUUCAGCAUUAAUACAUCAAAGCAACGACGUUCAAGAUGAUACGGAACGCGUUCACUCGGUCACAUAUACGGCGUCACCUGUAAAUCUGGCUUCGAGACAAUCCCUAAUAGAACUUCCGACAGACAUAGUUAACAGAAUAGAUCUGAUUGAGAAAACUGUAACAUUAUUACAAGACACAAAACAACGGACUGAAGAAGAUAUAUUAGAAAUAAAACAAUGGAAGGACGCCGUUGUAACAGAACAAAAUGAUAUCGAGAAAAAUAUUGAAAAACUAACGAAGCAACAUAAGCAGAAGUUUAAAAACAUAAGAAUGAAAAUAAAUGAACAAGAUGAUAAAUGUUGUGAUAUGAAUGAAGAAAUUGAAAAGUUAAAGCAAAAACAAUCUGCUUUAAUCUCAAGUAUAGAUAAACUGUCGCCAGUAGUGAAAAAAUAUGAAAACGACAUAGAGAAAAUAAAUGAAGAAAUUCAAGAUCAAAAAAAAUAAAAUAGUUUAUGCCACACAAGGAGUUAACAAACAAUCUGAUUUAAUAUCUGCUUUACAAGAAGAUGGACAGAAAGAAUUAAUCAGUACAAGACAAAUGCUUGAUAAUUUGUUUUCUAAGCAAAAUGUAAUAUGUAAGCUACUACAACAAAGAUUAAUGUCAAUGGAUAGAGUGUUUCAAAAGUUUACUGGACAAUUCUCAACUAGUGGGCACAAAAACAUGAAGAUUGAUGCUAUGGAAAAUGAUGUCUUAAGGCUGACAACAGAUUUUCAUAAAAUUGAGAACCUGGUACGUCACAGAUAUGUUUGUCAAAUACAGCUUGCUUACACUACACCAGUGAGUACUGAUUCGAUAAUUUUAAAAUUUGGUGAUGUCCGUGAGUACAACGGGCAACAUUUUAAUCAAACAACAGGAAAAUUUCUAUCACCACAUGAUGGUUUAUAUCUUGUAUUUGUGACUCUAAACGAAUGUGGCAAGAAAUUUGUUCAAGUUGGUGUGUACACUGAAGACAUUCUGUGCCUGAGCACCGAAGUUAAAUUUGCCAAUACCAACGCUGCUGGGUCAGUAGUUGUUGACAUGAAGAAAGGUCAAGAGCUUUUCUUUAAAGUCGAUCAUGCUGAUCAAAAUGCUAGUUUAUCCUGGUACAGUGCAUUUUCUAUUGUCAGUUUGUAGAAGUGCUUGGUGAGUGUUACCUUAUUUAUAUAUGUAAUCCAGAUAUGUAACACGAUUUUAAAUACUCUAAAACCAGAAUUUACAACUAUACUACUUUCAGAAAUGUAUAAACUUCUGUCACUUCACAAUUAUCAAGCAUGUAGCAUCAAUCAAAUAUGAAUUAGUUUUGUAAUUCGCUCAACUACUUACUUCUUUUAUAGAUCACAUCGUAUGAAAAUGUGUAUGCUUUAAUUUAUAAUACAGAUAACAUGUACUGAAUAUAUCCAGCAUUCCAAAAGCCCGAUGUUUAAUAUAUGCCGUUUAUAACUCUACUUAUAUUCCAAAUGAUUUACUGAUUAUGCACAACACAUAAUCAAAUGUAAAUUUAGUUUGAUGAUUUUAUAAUUAUACUAGUAGAAACGUGAUGAAAAAUAAAAAAAUAUUACAA